UGUUGCGAUUUAUGUUUAUUAGGUUAGGGAUUUUUUAAUUUUUUUAUAUUGUCAUUCGUUUCUAAGUAUUUUUAAGUAAGUUUCUAGUUUAAAAAAUGGAGAAAGGAAAAAGAAGUGCCAAUGUAACUGAGAGGGAAAAGGAAUUUUUAAUUUCCUUGGUACAAAAAAACUUGCACAUUAUCGAAAAUAAAAAAACUAAUGCAGUUUAUAAUAAACAAAAAAAUGAAUGCUGGGAGAAAUUGGCGUGGGAUUUCAACGCCAAUCAAACCAGUGGUUUACGAACCGGCCUGCAAUUGAGGAGUACAUAUGAGCAAAUGAAAAAAAAUGCAAAGCAACACAAAGCCCAGGACAAGGUCGAACUACACAAAACAGGAGGUGGAAAAUUUACUGAAAACACUACCUACCUUGAUAGUAAAAUUUUAGGGUUAUUGGAGGAAAAUUAUUUUUCCAUAGAGAAUAGGUUUGAUAGUAACUCGACCGUUAUAGAACCUGGACCCAGCAACUAUAAUAAAGAAGAGGAAAAUAUUAUUUUUAUUGUAGAUGAAGGUACUGGAGAAGACUCUUGUUCAAUAGAUACGUUCCCAGUUUCUAUUAGGGCUGAUUCGCCUCUGCAAAAUGUGGACGAAAAUAAUAUGAAUAGUAUUAAUAACGAUGCUCAUGAAACUGUGGAACCUCCAAAAAAAAAACAAAAAUUGGUUUCAAAUAUUAUUAAAGCACCUGGUAUAAACCAGAUUCGGAGAUCUCCUGCUACAAAUCAGACUCUGAGAUCGCCUGCUACAAAUCAGACUCGAAGAUCUCAUGCUUCAGUUUUAUUAAACAAAAAGUGUGAAGUAUUAAAGAAAAAAAUGGACAUUUUAAACCUAGUUAAGGAAAGUGAGAUAGAAACAAUGAAAGGGAAAAAGUUGGAUAAUGAAAUUAAAGAAAUUGUCAAAGAAAGAAACAUUAUCGAAUUAAAAAUUAAACAAACAGAGUAUGAGAAACUCUUAUUAAAUCAGUGAUUUAACCUUAGUUUUAGAUUUUAUCUGUCUCUCUGUGUUAUUUUUAUUAGUUUUUUUAUUUUGUUUUUAUAGUUUUGAUCUCACAAAAAGUGAUAUUUUUUGUAUUGUGUUCCUUUAGUUUAUAAGUUUGUUUUGUAUUUUCACUGC